AUGGAUAAAUUGCUCAUAUUCAUCGGUCAAGAUCCUUUGAUUUCUGUCGUAGCUGGAAGAUAUGCAAUUUGGCUCAUACCAACACUAGUUCCUUAUGCGAUUCUUCAAUCUCUAAUUCGGUACUUGCAGACUCAGAGUCUGAUCCUCCCAAUGCUUUACAGUUCAGUUGCAGCAUUAGUUUUCCAUGUACCUGUUUGUUGGGCUUUAGUUUUCAGGACGAAAUUGGGAAAUGCUGGAGCAGCACUUGCAAUUGGUUUAUCAUAUUGGUUGAAUGUGAUCUUGCUUGUUAUAUAUGUGAACUUCGCUGUCCCAUCUGCUGUUAUGGUUUGUCUCGAAUGGUGGUCAUGUGAGAUAAUAGUAUUACUCUCUGGACUUUUGCCAAAUCCCCAACUCGAGACUUCCGUUCUUUCAGUAUGCCUUUUAGUUGCUUCAUUGCACUACUUCAUACCAUAUUCUGUUGGUGCUGCUGCAAGCACAAGAGUUUCGAAUGCCCUUGGAGCAGGGUGUUCGGAGACUGCUCGAGUGGCUGUUUGGGCAGCAAUUGUUCUAUCGAUCAUUGAGGUGAUUGUUGCAUGCACCAUUCUGCUCUGCUUCCGUCAUGUCGUGGGAUAUGCAUUCAGUGAUGUAAAGGAAGUAGCGGAUUAUCUCGAUGAAAUAACUCCCCUUGUUUGUCUCCUGCUAGCAAUGGACAGCAUACAAGCAGUACUUUCAGGAGUUGCGAGAGGAAGCGGGUGGCAGCAUCUUGGGGCAUAUGUCAAUCUCGGCGCAUUUUACCUCGUUGGAAUUCCGAUGGCCACUGUGCUCGGUUUUGUGCUCCAUUUGCGGGGGAAGGGACUUUGGCUUGGACUAAAUAUGGGGUCCAUAGUACAAUCUUUUCUGCUCACUCUAAUAACGAGUUUAACUAAAUGGAAAAAACAGGCAUCAAUGGCUCAGCAAAGAAUAUUUGAGAAGAGAAACACUGCUGAUGAAACAUGUUGA